AUAUGACUUUGAAAUAUGAAGUUUUAAUUUUGUCCAAAAAACCCCAAAUUAUUUCCGAUAAUUUUUGAUUCACUUUACUAACAGUUCCUCAUUGUUGCAAUAUUAUAAUAUAGGACUCACUCAGUAAUGGAAUACGGAACAUUUUCACCUGUGUUGUACAUUUGAUGGGUUCUGUGGUAGAAAUAAUUACCAGAUUUAAAUAUUGUCCCUGAAUACAUCCACCCCUCCGCCUCCUUGGAAUCACAUGAGGCUGAUUAACCAGCAUAACUCUCCUCAAAACAAAGCUUUUCUUUUACCUAAAUGACUUGAGCGUGACCGUGCUGCCCAUGUUGCCGGGUGGACAGGAUUUCUCUGGUUAACUCUGGAAAACAAAGUUUCCUCCUCUUCGCUCAACAAACAGGAUAGAAAAGCCUCUUUACCACAACAACGGCUGAUUUUACCAUGUCAUCACCACAGCAAAUGGAUGAAAUGAGAAUAAAAAGAGGAAUUGUGAUCAAAGAUGACUGGCCUGGCUACAACCUGGAUCUGUUCACCUACCCUGAACAUUACCACGACGACAUUGAGAACGUCUACAUUCCCCACGGAGUCAUCAUGAACCGGAUAGAGCGCCUGGCCCGGUACGUCAUGGAGGACUUUGAGGACAGUAAGAUCAUGGUGCUGUGCGUUCUGAAGGGAGGAUACAAGUUCUGUGCAGAUCUGGUGGAGUUCAUCAAGGUUCUGGGAUGCAGCUCCAACCGGUACCUGGAGACCCGGGUGGAGUUUAUCCGCCUGAAGAGCUACCUGAACGACCAAUCAACAGAGGACCUUCACAUCAUUGGAAGCAGUGAUCUGUCUUUUCUACGUGGAAAGAGUGUGCUCGUUGUUGAGGCCAUCGUCGACACAGGAAAGACCAUGAAGGCUCUUCUCAAGCAUGUGGAGACCUUUGAGCCCAAGAUGGUCAAGGUCGCGGGUCUGCUGGUGAAGAGGCUCUCCAACAUGACUGAAAGUCUGACAGACUAUGUUGGAUUUGAAAUCCCCAAUCGAUUCGUGGUCGGCUACGCCUUGGACUACAACGAGUACUUCCGUGACCUGAACGUGAGUCCUGAGUUUGCUGCUGCUGCUGCUAACCUCGUGACCUGAAAAGCUGUGGAGAAAAAGAGAUGAAAGAGGCGGAGGCGGGAAAGCAAACACGGUAAAUCAAAGAGGUUCUCUCCUCCUCUGUGAAAUCUAAACUCACCCAACAGGUAUCCUCCCUGGCUGAGGAGGUUUUACAUGCAGCUGCAGCGUUUUAUAAGAGCGGUUUAUGAGAGUACACUUGUUUGAAAGACAGAAACAUCCAGGGAGAGUCUGCUUUAUUAUCUUCGCACUAUUUGAUUUUCACAGUCCGUUUUAGUGGCAUGGACGUCCAUUACAGGUAAAACCAGAAGUAGCUUAUAAGAAAAACUAAUUCUGCUGACAUGGAAGCUAAAAGAAAACAUUCAUUAAUGUUACAGAGGUUUCAAAAAUACACUUCCCUGCAAAAACACAAAAUCUUACCAAGUAUUUUGGUACAGUUCCUAGUUCAAGUAUUUUAGUUUCAACUCACAAGAAACUUUUUAGCAAGAUAAAGGAGAUUGUUUUAAGUAAAUAAUUCCUUAAUCUUGAUUUUUUUUUUACAAAGUACUUAUUCCACUGACCAAUUAUUUCACUUUUAACAAAACAUUUUUCCCUCUUAUAAGUAAAAUAAAGUGGAACUAAAAUGUUUUCGUUAUUAAGAAAUUGACGUAAAACAAGCUCCUUUUUCCUCGCUGAAAGUUACUUGUAAGUUGAUUUAUUUCAAGUGUAUUAACAUAUUUGCACUAGAAACUUGGUAAAAAUGUGGUGUUUUUGCAGUGUGGCCAACAUUUUCCAGCAAAUUACUCAACUAACUCAACUUGGCUUGAAAUAUAUAUGAUGUUUAUUCUAGUUAAUAGAUAAAAUAACAAUCAAUAUAUGGUAUUAAGAUUAGUUUCACAUUUUCUAGUUUAUCUAUUGUUAGAUAAACUAGCUACAUGCCAAUUAUGUGUUUCAUCCUGUGUAAACCUUUGCAAAUAAUUUCAGAUUU